CUGGCCCCAUGAGGUCAUUGAGACAAGAAGGCUAUAAAAGACGUGGUUACAGUGAAGACUGAAGGAUUUCAGUGGAGGAUUCUACACCAUGAAGAGCACUUUUGUUCUGCUGUGGCUCUUACCAUGGGCAAUUUGUGGAGCUAAACUGCAGACAUCAAAGAAAUCUUCAUCAUCAUCACAGUUUGUUACAACUAAUGAUGAGAUUCAGAAUCUGUCUGAACAGCUGUAUGCGAAUGAUGUAAACCGGGCUGACAGUGGCGACAUUACCCUAAACCUUCAGCACAAGGUAUCCAGCUCCCAGACUGGCAGCGGAAUAGACUUUUCCAGCCAAAAGCUUUUCAGCUAUGUCAAUGAAGCCAAAAUACUUACCCGACCAACCUUUGUCCGUCUCAUCUCCUUGUUAGACAAUUAUGUUAAGAACACAGGGACCAUAGAAAAUGUCACACAAGAAGAGAUCCAAGAACAACAUGCCUUUAUAGAUGAAUUAUUCCAAACUACUAUCAUGAAAACACUUUCCAGCUUCUUAAUCUCAAAAGGUUAUUACAUAUCAGCUGAAAGCUUUAAGAAGGACCUGCAGGAAAUGUGGUUUGGACUAUAUACACGCUCAAAAGGCUUCUUGGACUCCUCAGGAUUUGAACAUGUCUUCCAUGGUGAAAUUCAUAAAGGAAAGAUAGCAGGAUUUCAUAGCUGGGUGAAUCUCUAUCUGCUGGAGAAGGCUGGUCAGAUUAACUAUCUCAGCUACAGCUCAGAUGGACUGUGGACAAGUUAUCCUGAUGUUUUCACCUUCCAGUUUAAAUGGUCCACCCAUAUGAAAAGUGUGGGUUCUUUCUUUAUGGGAUCCAGUCCUGAGUUUGAAAUUGCAAUGUACACGCUUUGCUAUGUCACUCGCCCAAAUAGACAAUGCACCGUUAAAUUGGGUGGUAAUCCUCUGAAAAUCCAAACCUACCGUUGGGACAACUCAUUCUAUGGAAACGGCAAAAGAUAUUUAGCAUCUUCUUACCCCAACAUUUAGUGAAAGUGUUUUGAUACUUGCAAAUAAAAAUGAAUAACAAUGUUUUCAACAAAAUAGAAGUAAAUCACUAAAAUGUUUUGUUAAAUAUAUUGUUAGUUGAUUGAUGAGAUGCAACAAACAAUAUUUUCAUUUCAUACUUUGAGUAGUAAAAUCACUUUAAUCUGG